AUGGCUCUAGCUCCCAGCUUCCGUGGACACCAGUGGACUUACAACCCUGUCCGAGGGUCCUGCCUGCUCCUGCUGCUGGUCAUGUCAAAACUGCUCUUGUGCCAAGGCAACUUAUGCCCAACCUGCAGUCCUGACGUGUUUGACAUCCCCUUGAAAUCCCUUACAGACCUGUUUAUUGAUGCCGCCAGGCUCUCCCACGACUAUCAUAACCUUUCCACAAUAAUGUUCAAUGAGUUUAUAAGUACUGUGGUGGUGGGCAAACAGUACUAUAUCAAUGCCACCAAGAGCUGCCACACAAAUUCCCUCCAUGCUCCGGAAGAAAGAGAAAAAGCCCUACAGAUGAACAAUGAAGACCUUAGUAAGUGGAUACUCAUAUUACUGUACUCCUGGAAUAGACCUCUGUAUCAUCUAAUCAAAGAGGUGCAGAGUUUGAAAGAAGAUUCAGAUGCUAUCCUAUCAAGUGCCAUAGAGAAUGAGAAAAUGUCAGACAAACUGCAAGGAUUCAUAGAGAGGCAAUUUAGCCAGAUUAUUUUUGCAGUCAGGCUGAAGAUGUCGGAGGCUCGCACUUUCUGGUCAGGACUCCCAUCCCUGACGUCCACCGAUGAAGAUAGGCAUCAUUCUGCAUUUUAUAACCUGUUCCAGUGCCUGUGCAGGGAUUCACGUAAAGUUGACAUCUACACCAAGAUCCUGGCGUGCUGA